GUUAUUCAGCACGAAAGGAUUUAUUUAUACGAUCGGCAGAACUGGUAUAAAUUCGCGUUGAUCCGGUAACCAUGGUCAGUUCUGCUCCAGUUCGACUUCAACUAACUAUGAAAAUGAAGACCCUUCUCAUCCUCGUCUGCCUUGUGGGGUGUGCCAGUUUGGCCUCCGCUCAGGUGAAGUACUCCCACGACGUGGCGGUGGCUAAGGUUCAGGCAGCCGGGAUUCCUAUUUGGUCCUCGGGUGGGUGCAGCGAUCGGUACAACCCGAGCUGCACGUCCCUCGAGCAGGUCAACGCCAACUCCAUCGAUUCUGGCUCAGGUGGGAUCACAGUGUUCAAAUCCGCGUCGGGAUGCCCGGUCACCAUCACGGGAGGGACUGAGACCGGGCACGGAAACGGGGCUGGUUUCUCGCACUGGAACGGGUACAAGAUUGACAUUUCUUUGAACUCGUGCGUCGACAACUGGAUCUACAGCGCGUACACCUUCAUCGGCAACCGACCAGGCGACAACGCCCCGCAAUACCAAUCCGCCGCUGGAAACAUUUACGCCCGAGAGAUCGACCACUGGGACAUCACGUAUUAUUAGAUUUUGAAAAUAUAUUACUCUAAGAUUUAAAAAAAAA